AUGGGCAAAGCUGGUCGUGCUCUGUGCAUCUUCACCCCCUACGUGCUCACCAUCGCAUCUUUAGUAUGCAUUAUUUUGGUGGGCUUGGGCUGCACCAACUCCAGUUCUUCCACCCUCAACAACCUCUAUUUUUUUAAGGCCGACAUGCAAAACUUCACCACCUCGUCCGGAACAACAUCCGAAGUAUCCUCGCUUCUCAGCGAUGCCGGCGUCGAUGUUUCCAGCACCAACAUUUCGUCCGUCAUGGAUGAGGCUGCCGACCAGUUGAACGUCGCCGAUUUCUACACCGUCGGUCUCUGGGGCUACUGCGAUGGAAACAUCACCAGCAGCAACAAAUAUGACACCUCUUCCUGCUCCAAGCCCAAGGCCGCUUUCUACUUCAAUCCCUUCGAAGUUUGGGGCCUGGAGAGCUCUGGCCUUGAGAGCCAGCUUCCCGACGGCAUUGGCAAGGCCUUGUCUACCUACAAGAGCGUGUCCAAAUGGAUGUUUGUCGCCUAUAUCAUCGCCUUUAUCGCGACCGUUGUCGAGCUGGUCGUUGGCCUCUUCGCUAUCUGCAGUCGCUGGGGUAGCUGCAUCACCAGCCUGGUUGCCGGUGUUGCGUUCUUUUUCACCGCAGCCGCUUCUGCCACUUCCACCGCACUCUUCGCCGUCCUAACUCCCUUGUUCAACCAGGAGCUCGGCUCCUAUGGCAUCAAGGGUUCUAUGGGAAAGAACAUGCUUGUAACCACCUGGUUGGCCGUCGCCUUUUCUCUCGCCGCCAGUCUAUUCUGGAUUAUCAGCUCGUGCUGCUGCUCCGGUCGCUCGCCUUACAACCACAAGAAGAACGCCGCCGGUGGUAUCACCGCUGAAAAGGCCCCCUACACUUACGAGCCUCUCGGUCCCCAGGGUCGUUCGCAGUCCCCGUAUGGUCCUUACUCCCACGACACCUCGUACCCCCCACCUCCUCCUACCCACGGAAACAUGCGUACGAACGCUUACGAGCCUUUCCGUCAUGCUUAA